AGGAGAGAUGGGAAAUCAGAAACAGAAGUGGACACUGCCAAGUCCCUGCGAUGAACUCCCAUCCAUUAAACUGCCAAAUAACUAACUAUCUAACGGCUAACUGACAAGCUUACUGAACUAACCGCCUUACAAAUUGAUAGUCACGCAAUUGGUGUGUGGCACUGAAUUCAAACUAUAAAUACACGUUUUGCUUCCCGCUAUUUUCACAAUCACCAACCGUCAACAAUUCAGCAGAGAAAGAAAGAAAGAAUGCAAACAACAGCAGAGAGCAGCAGGAAGAGGCCGAGAGAAGAUGGAGGAUCAUCGUCAAUGGCUGCGGAAGGUCAAGAAGUUUCAUCAUCUUCAGCGUCUGUGGACGAAGCCGCAUCAUCAUCAUCUUCAUGUCCUGCUGCUGCGAAAGAAGCAUCAUCAUCAUCAUCUUCAUGUCCUGCUGCUGCGCAAGAAGGACCAUCAAAUCCUGUGAGAGUUUUCAUAGUGUUUUACCCGAUGCAUGGUCAAGUGGAGAGACUAGCAAGGAGAAUACUCGACGGGGUUCAUUCUGUACAAGGUGUUGAGGCAAAACUAUGGGCGGUACCUGAGCCACUGGCAGCUGAGCUAAGAGCACCAACCGAGAGUGAUGUAUCAACCAUCACCGCAGACGAAUUCCUGAAGGCUGAUUGUGUACUCUUUGGCUUCCCAGCAAGGUUUGGAAUGAUGGCUUCUCAGUUCAAAGCCUUUCUAGAAACUACUGAACUUAUUGCGAAAGAAACCUAUCUUGCAACCAAGCCUGCUGGCAUCUUCUACAGCAGCAAUACCCCAGGCAGUGGCCAAGAGACUGCAGCGCUCACUGCUGUAACUCAGCUGGCUCAUCUUGGAAUGAUAUUGGUUCCGAUUGGAUAUCCAUCGGAUAUGAACGUGUUUCAGCCACAGGGAGGACACCUCAUGGAAGUGAAAGGUGGAAGUCCAUAUGGUACAGGAACUUAUACUGGUGUUGAUGGUUCUAAACAGCCAACUCCGCGUGAAUUGGAUUCAGCAUUCCGUCAAGGAAGAAAUACUGCCAAGAUCGCAAAGCAGCUCAAGGAUUGUGGCUUUUCUCAGAGAUGUAUGGAAGAUAUCUGGUGAUUGAUAUUUGCUUUACAAGUUUCUUGGUGUUUCUCUCUCAUAUAUUAGGCCAAGAAAUACUUGUUACUGGUCCCCUUUCACGAAUGUAAUGAUGGCAGAUUGAAAGAUUAAUCUGCAAGUAAACUUCUAAUUUCUUGUUACAAUACUGUUAGUAGAUUAGUUUGUUAGCAUAUUGUUAGAAACUGUAGCAUUUAGUUACUGAAUUAGUUAGUUCAGUAAGUAUGAACACUUGUGUGUAAAGAGAUGCUAUAGUUUG